AUGGUGGCCCAGCUGAUCAACUGGGUCACCACAGCGACAGCGAUGCGGGGUAACACAAUUCACUCCCAGGCGGAGAGCGACCGAGAUGCGGAAAGUGGAGUCGUCCAAAAAGGUACCAAUUGCCACGGACGGCAGAGCCUGAAGCCACUGCCCAGACUCCCACUCGAAAGCGGCAAGGAGACGAGCACGCUCUUGAAGUUCCCGCGCAACGUGACGCCACUGAUGAACGAAGAGCAACUCUGGGGCUGCUUCUAUAACUUCCCUGAGCUGUACGAGGACGUGUAUUCGCCCACGGAGCGCGUGAUGCGACUGCGAGACGUGCCUGAGCUGGUCGGCGGAGUGCUCACGAGGGACCUGGUCGCAGCCUGCCUGACCUAUCUGCACCGCAUACCGAUACUGGAGGACUAUGUUUAUAUCAAAUUGGAUCUUACGGGAAAGCGAUUGCUGAAUAUCGACGUGCUGCAACAUUAUAAGUACUUGGUAUACCUGGAUUUAACCUCGAACCUGCUGUCAAACCUGAGUGUUCUCUCGAACCUUCUCUACCUGCAAUUUCUCUCCGUGGAUUUCAACAGACUGGAAACCGUAUUAGAGUAUAGCACACCGCAAUGGUUUCUCACAGAAGUUCAUUAUAAAUACAAUUCAGUGAAGAAGAUAAGGGACCUGGCUAUGUUUUGGUCGAUAACUAUUUUGGACUUGUCUCACAACAACAUCAAAAGUAUAAGCGGUCUGCAAAGUUUAAGAUAUCUCCGUCAUCUAGAUUUAUCGUUUAACCACAUCCAACGCUUGGAAAACUUGAACCAUCUAAGAUUAUUGUGGCUGGACGUGUCUUACAAUAACAUUUCGAGCUUCGAACUGGGAUCUAACGAGGGACUUUGGACGUUGCUGCAACUUGACUAUCUAAAUUUGAACGAAAAUAAUUUAAAGUCGCUGAAGAUAUUUUCGGGAUGUACGAGACUACGCGAAAUCCACGCCCGCAACAACAGGCUCGGCUCGAUGCUCGAGCUGGCCGUCUACAUGCGGCAGCUGCGCCGUCUGACCGUGCUCGACCUCCGCGCCAACCCCAUAUGCGAAGGCCCUGGAUACGCCCACGUCAUCUGCGACACCUUCCCGCUACUCCUCAGCCUUGACGCCAAGGAUCUCGAUCCUGUCCUUCAAAGACGAUUCAAAAUGGAUACGAGCCCGGACGUGACCACAUUCGCGAGCCGGCGCCUUCUGCGGAUGCUGUACGUGGAACAGCUGUCUCGAGCCCGAGUGCCCUUGACGCCACCAGCGGAUACUGAGGAAGUCCCUCUCAUCGUCUUAGUUGGAGAAGAAGCCGUUGGAAAAGGCACCCUGGCGCGCCGAUUGGCUGCCGAGUACGACUCGAAGAUAAAACUCGGCCGGCAGCACACUACGGCUGUUUUCCAUACACCGGACCACUACAUAGUAGUUUCGCGGCAAAAGUUCGACGACAUGUUGCUGGCGGGCGAAUUCCUCGCCUACAGUGAGAUGGAUGGCGAAUCGUAUGGACUUAGUCGCGAAGAGGCAUUCAUAUGCGACGGCAAGGUGCGCCUCUGUAACAUGAACCUCAUAAGCGCUUUGAUGCUGAAACUGCGCGGACGGCGGCCAUAUUUGAUCCUGACCACGUGCCGUGACAAGAACGCGUUAGCUGCGAGACAAAUUCUACGCAAAACAGUCCGCAAUAGUGAAUACGAGAAGCGCAUGUCAUUCGAGCCAAUUCCGCAGCCAUCCACGCUACACGUGCUGCUUUCUGGACGCAUCAUCAUCAACGGCAUCCUUAAUGAGAUCAUCAUGAGUCUGCCAGAAGAGAAGUACAAGAGCGAAUUCGCAUUAGACUCCGAAUGUUCGCUGCUCGUAGAGAGCAACCUUCGCCAAGGGAUGCGAACAUUCGUUAGAGGGCCUGACAUGCUCACGAUACUCACCGAUUCCUCAAGCGAGUCAUCCGUCUACCGAAAGGAGCGAAUGAACAGUCAGGAGAUGGACGCCAGCCUCUACUCCAUCUACAAGCGGUCACAGGAUUCUUCAGCAGGCACGAACCUGUCGUGCAUCGAACAAAAGAACGACAGCAGAAAGAAGGACAGUGAGCAACUGAAAUCAACCUUUGGGCGCAGAAAAACAGAUGCUGACAGAACUGUUACUAGAUCAGGAUCACGGCAGAUAACGGCAUACGACAGCACAAAGUCAUCAAAGUCUGUUACUUUUCCGGAUACUUUUGGCGCGGCCCCCGAACUAAUAAUAACCGAGCCUGACCAGAAAGAUAAAGCCAAAACCGAUCAAGAAGAUAAAGGAAUAUCCGUCAGCAAAUGUUUCGCCGAUAACAGUCCGCCAGCGGGCAUUAGCUCGCACACCAGAGGAACUUUAGACAACUUGGAAGACGCAGACCUCUGGUUUGCGUUUCUUAUGGAGACGGGACUCAUGAAUAUGAGUGAAACAGGUCCCAGCCCAUCUAUGCGUGUGCCCACCCGUCGGCUAACAUUAGCAGAUAAUCCAGAAUCUAUCCUUCAUCAGCUGUCGUGCUACACUAAUAUGCCGAUGUCGAACGAUUCCACAACUUUGAGGGACGAAUACGAGGUCAUACACCGCCUGAUCCCAGGAUUGUUUCAUGAUACUAUUGCCUUGGAUAAUCCCAAGGAAGCCUUCCGCAAAGCCAAGAGCAUUAUAAAAGAUAUCGUCAACUCACAGAAGGGAUUGGGCCCGAUGUUUGACAUCGACUUCGCCAACAAUCUCAAUUACUACCCAACUGUGAAAGACCGACUGGAAGAAAUUCGUCAAGAGAUAGCGCCUCGACAAAUAUUCCAUUAA